AUUCUAGGUUGAAAGGGGAUUCUAGUCAUCCAAUAAACAACGAAGGAGAUUUCGAUCUCCCUCCUCAAUCGCUCCGCCUGAAAGGCGAUGCCAGUCUCCCUCACUCGAUUCGGCUGAAGAGGCGAUUCUCCGGUCUUCCUCGCUCACUCCGGUUGAAGAGGCGAUUCCCCGGCCUUCCUCGCUCACUUCGGCUGAAGAGCCAAUUCCUCCAAGUCUUCAUCGCUCACUCCGACUGAAGAGACCAUUCUCGGUCUUCCUCGCGCACUCCGGCUGAAGAGGCGAUUCCCCGGUCUUCCUCGCUCACUCCAGCUGAAAGGUGAUACUCUGAUUUUCCUUACUCGCUCGCUCACUCGCUCCCUCCCUCUCUUCUUCGCUCGCUCGCUCUCUGCUUCCCUCGCUUGCGCUCUCCUUCUCUUGCGUGAGUGAGCUCCGAUUAGGUUUCUUAGGGUUUGUAGUGCGGUCGCCGCCGCCGGCUGCAUGCAGUAGUGAGGUUAUCGAUGGUGAAGAGGAGUGAUGUGAUUAGGAUUGAUUUGCAGCGACGGUGUUGAGCGGAGGAGGGAUGUCGGCGGCGGGAAGAGGAAGGAAGGAGAGUGGAGGUGGUGAUGGAGGAGACAUAGGAAUCGAUAGCCCAAUUGCUUCAAUUUCCGCUUUGUGUGCAGUGGAAUGGUUUACAUACGGAGUUAUACACAGGAGAAGAGUCCGUUAGUUGCUCAUGAUUUGGGGUAGGUGUGAUUAUUUCCUUUGUAUCCUUGUAACUGGUUUUUAUUUAUGGUUUUAUCAUUUGUGGCAAUGUCUCUGUUUUCGAUAUCCAAAGGCACAAUUUCUAUCAAGAUUAUUUGUUGGGGUAACUUUUGAGAUGUGUAACUAUUGUGAACGUGAUAAGCUGUGCAGGUGGAAGGCAAGGCUGUCGGUGACCUGGGGAGGAUUCCUGAUGGUGCACAGGGGAGGUGAGAAAUAACUCAAGCUCUUGCUGUUCUUAAUAUGUAUCAUGCUGGAUCGAGUAGUAGAAAUGUAGAAUGUGAACAUUUUAGGGAGUUCUGAUGACAGGUCUAUUGUUCUUGAGGCAAGUAAACAAACCCACUCUGCCAUUGGCUUCUGGUGAGUUCUCAAUGGCAACUGGGGUUACAAUUGUUGCUGCGUCUUUAAUCACAGAAAGUGACUGCUAAUUCCAUUUCAUUUGACGAUUCGUACUGGUUAACAUGUGGUGAAAUUGGGAUGCAGAGCCUUUACACAUGGGGUGAAAUUUCAGUCCCCUACUCCUUGCUCAUUAGCUUUCUUCUUGGGAGUGCAUACUCUGUUGAAGUAAGCUUACUUUUGCAUUAACCCUUUGCUUCAUUAUUAUAUGAACAAGGUUUAGUUGAAAGCUUAAUCAUUUAAGUUUAGUGUUACAUAUAGCUUCCGUUUAUGAGAUGGAAGAGGCCUGCAUUUCUGGCAGCCAGUUGCAUCUUGAUCGUGAGAGCAGUCGUUGUCCAAUUAGCUUUCUUCAGACGCAUCUUGAUCGUGAGGGCAGUCGUUGUCCAAUUAGCUUUCUUUAGACACAUGCCGGACAUACCUGACCUGGAUGGACACAAGGACUUCAUAAUCCAAUCUUUCACUGUCAAGUUGGGACAAGAAAAAAAACACCAUGGCGGCGUGUGCAGUUUGGGUAUUGUCCUGCUUCAAACCCAUCGAGGUGGCGCUUCUCAGCCGCUUGAAUCGUUCUUCCUGCCUUCGUCUUCUUCUCCUUCUUUCCUCGGUAAAUCCACUCUCCUGUCUCUCUGCCCUGCUUUUUUCCUACUCUGUUUUUUCAACCUACAAAUCUAUGUCUAUGGUCACGGGACUGGAUGCUGACGGUCUCUACUGCCAAAUCUUGCUUUCAAUUUUGUUUAUGCUUUGGUUAAUGGCUUCCGGUUCUGUUUUUACUAUGCUAGCUAAUUAAAAAGACGAUAUCUUUCCGUUUUUGGUCAACGCAAGAUCCUAAUCAUGUUUGUAUGUGUGUUCCUCUAUGUUAUUCCAGUUAAUAGCAGACUCCACUUGACUGAAAUUAUUUUGGUCUUCCUUGUUGUGGCUCUGUGCAAACCUUUUUUUUUUAAAAUAUAAUCAACAUACUUGUGCCUACUGAGUGUUAGAUGAUGAUGCUUGAGAUAUUCCUCUCCUGACACAUGGAAAAUACAGUCGGUACAUAAGAAUUAGUUGUUAAUUCAGCAUAACUGUAUUUUCAAGUGCCUUUAAAGUGAAUUUUCUUGUUUUAUGCAGGUUUGGAUUGCAGAAUAUGGGGUACAUUGGAAUCGACGAGCUCCGAGAAGAGCAUGGGCAUUCCCAUGAGAGUAGCGCUACUUAAGGGAGUCCUCUUUUUCGUGUAAUCAAGUAAGUCUGACUCUUGAACCUACUUAGAUUUCUUUGAGUAUAUCUAAUUUUAUGAGAUGAUAGGAAAUGAAUUUUCUAAAUAACUCGUUUCCAAAUAAAAGCCUUCCAAGUUCCAGUAUUAUGGUGCUUGUAUUAUUGGCCAAUUGCUCUCUAGGUUCUCGUACUUAUCAUUACUUUACAUUUAGUGGUUGAAGCUACACUUCUUGGUUUGUGUUGCAAGUUGUGACAAAGAAAUGCAUGGUUUUAUGCUGUUAUUAUAGUAGUCUAGAGUGUAUGACAUUUCAGAUUAUCAUGGAUGUGUGGUGGCUUGAAGUUGAGCGUCUAUUGCUCUGAGAUUCAAUGGCAAUUCAGUUUAGCAGUAUUCAGUGGCAAUUCAAUUAUAUAAUUGCUUUUAUCCUGCACUUUUAUUUGUAACCAAACAAAUUGAAUAAUGAAUAUUUAUGUCUCUUUGUAGCAUAUCCCAGUCCAAGGUGCCCGGAAGCUUCUCAGUUUCUGCAGAUAUCUUCACAGGCUAUAAUCCUUAUUUGUAGGUUCCUUAUCCUCUUUGAGGUUUCAUAGUUACAAAGUAAUCAGCCUUUCAGUUUUAUGUAUGAUCCUCUCUUUAUGACCAGAAUGUUGAGCUGGUUGUUGUUAGAAAAUAGGACCAUCAGUUAAUAUCAGAAUAUUUGAAUAGUGACCAGAAUAUCAUAUUUGUAACGAAAGUGUUAUUUCUAAUGAGGCGCCUCUCUUUUAGUGACGGUGCAUUUGUAAACAAUGAUGAUUUUACAAUCAUAUAAUGACCAGAAUUACAUCAUUUGUAACCAGAGUGUCGUUACUAAUGAAACACCUUUCUUAAGAAUAAAACUUUAGUGACGAC